AUGUCCUCCAACGCGCCUUCCGCCAAUCUCGCUACCGCUCUCGAGAUGGACCAGAACACCAAUAGCCAGCAGGGCCCUUCUACUGGUCCUACCGCCGGCAACACCAAUGCCGCCGCUGCCCAGGGUAUAUCCCAGGGCGAUCACCAUGGCGACGGGGAGAAGGCAAUGGAGAUGCAGAGACGCCAUGCCGCUAUUCAGGAGGGCCGCCGAGCUCAGAUUGAGGAGGCGAAGCGUCAGGAGGCCGAGGAUAAGGCCGAGAAGGCGAAGAAGGAGAAAGACCAGAAGGCGCGCAUUCAGCGAGCCAUUCAGGCCACUCCUGAAGAGCGUGCGGCCUACGACAAGGCUAUGGACGAUCUUGAGGAGGAUAGGCGUCGCAAGCGCCACCAAGCCGCCAUCUACGAUAGGAUCAACCCCUAUCUUGAGGCCAUGGGAAGAAAGCCCAGACGUUAA